AUGAAACAAACCCUGUUCGUCUUGCUCUGUGUAUUCCUUCCCUCAGCUCUCUCAUGGCUGUUUCCUUCGCUACCGUUGAAGGCUUCUCCUGAUAAUGGUCGUAUCUCCCGUCGAAACCUUUUGACAGAUGUCACUGUGGCAUCUGCAACACUGGCGUUGGUUACAAGUCAAUCUGCAUCAGCCGCUUCUGCUCGUCUGGAUGUCAACAAUGCCUUAGCACGAGAGUUCACGGCUUUUCCCGGGCUAUAUCCGACCAUUGCCACUAAACUGGUAAAUGCUGCCAAGGAGGAACCCUUCACCUCAAAAAAGCAGAUGUACGCUGUUCUCAAUGAAGUAGAGCAAGAACGCUUAAAGCAAUAUGACAAAGACAUUCUCAUUGCACCCGUCAACAAAUCCCUGCAACAGUUUAAAACCAGUCAAAUAUGCAAGUACGAAUGCGGAAAUAGGGCGUCUAGUGCUUAUCGAGAUGAGCAGAUCAAAGGAAUUCAAAGUGAACGAAGGUGA